AUGAAUGCCAUUAAGAAGUUGCAGGGCGAUUAUGAUCUUGUCAUGGUAGGGCGACGGCACGUGGAGAUGUCGCUGAGGGAUGAAGAAAUGGCGGUAUUCAUGGAGCAUCCAGAGCUGGGAGUGAUUGGUGACAUGCUGUCUUCUUUAGAUUUCUGUGAUGGGAUGGUGAAUGUGUUGGUCAUGCAAGAAAGCGGAGGCUUAGGCUGUGGAGCUUUUCGUAGUGACUCUGCAAGGGUUUCAUAG